AUGUCAAAGGUUUCCUUUAAAAUCACCCUGAUGUCAGACCCGCGGCUGCCCUACAAAGUAUUCAGUGUUCCUGAAAGCACCCCUUUUACAGCAGUCUUAAAGUUUGCAGCAGAGGAAUUUAAAGUGCCUGCAGCAACGAGUGCCAAUAUUACCAAUGAUGGAAUAGGAAUAAAUCCUACACAGACUGCUGGAAAUGUCUUUCUAAAGCAUGGCUCAGAACUGCGAAUCAUUGCUAGAGAUCGAGUUGGAAGUUGUUAA